CUUGUAAGUGUACGCUGAUAUGUAUUAUAUUAAUCACUUCAUCGAUAAAAACGUGUGACAAAUUAGAAAGUUUGACAACAGCGCGACUUACAUGUUCCUCAUCGGAGUUGGGGACAUGAAAGUAACACGAAUUUUGCGUAUUUUUUUGCUUUUAUCAAUGCAGUUUAUUUGUAAUUAAAAAGUGAUAAAAAACAUUCAAACACAAAUACAGCUGGUUUAUGAUAUAUGCAGCUAUUGGGAGAUUUGUUGCCGGUAUCUGUAUUAUGUGUUGCAUAUGAACUGAUGGUGAUGUUUAUGGCGCAGUUUUCGAAAGCUACUUGACAGCUAUCGCUGUCAACUUGAUUUGACAACUUCCAAGUUCCUCGUGGUGUGGUAGCGAAAAGCGAGUUUGAACAAGUUUUCGGCAUCGAAAAAAUAUUGUGUUCUAUAUAUUCUGAAAGAGAACAUCAAGAAUAAACGUUCUCCUAUAUAAUCACUUAAAAAUUGCGGUUUUUACUUAAAGUCCGUGUGGUGAAGGUAUCUGUUUAGGUUGAGUGCAACUGCUGAAAAUGUCUACAAGCUCAAAAAGCACUCCGACUUCUAUCCUAAAAAGGUCGAAGAACCUACGAGGUCGGCUGAGUGAAUUGAGCCAAACUCCUACAAAAGUCAGGUUUAAAUUACCUCAUUCUCAGAAGGUGCGUAACAUACUAGAAAGUUACAUUCAAACAAAGGUAACUAGAGACUAUGGAAACCUAUUGUGUCUCAUUAGAGAUGGUGAACUAACAGAUGAUGAUAUAUCAGCAUUGCUGAAAGAAGCAACUGAAUGUAUUUCAAUACUGACCCAAGAAUUAAGACUUUUUGUAGAAGUAUUAUUAUCAGUGAAAUGGACUGAUAAGAAAAAGUCUGUGGUAUCAGAGUACCAGGGAUUUGUAGUUAACUUACUGUCAGCUCAUAAUUAUCAUGCAAGGAUGGUUAUAGACAAAUUAGUUCAAUUAUUUUUACCAGGUCCUACAGAACCAGAUUGGCCUGAGGGUAUACCAACAGAUGAAGACCAUGCCAAGUUAGCAAAUGUCCAUACAUUACUCAAUGUAUUAAUUACUGUUAUACCAAUGUAAGUAUUUAAAAAAUGCAACUUGUUAAAUUUGACUGUCCUUUUCUUUGAUUGUAUACAUUAUUCAUCAUUUUUAGGUGCAAGGAGUUACUGAUGACAUCUGCUACAAGUCAAUUUCCUUAUUAUAAUAAGUCAACUCAUGUACAUGAGUAUUAUGUCCAUAAUCUUCUUUGGAUUCUAGAAUAUCAACCAAAAUUUAGGCAAGAUGUUCUGUACCUAAUUCUUUCAAAACUGGUAAUAUUGGAUGUGAAUGCACCUAGAGAAGAAAUUCAGAAGUUUGCUGAAGAUGAAGACAUUUUUUCAAUGGAUGACACAAAAUCUGUAAAAUCUCUGAAAUCAUCCACAACAGCAUUUACUCAGGUCAAUAGGCUUGUAGUAGCAGAUACUUUAGACAUAUGUCUCGACAAACUAUUCAAUUAUAUCAUAGAUGAGUGUCAUGACAGCUCUUCUGGAGAAGUAGACUGGGAAAAAUUGAAGAAACUCUACCAUGAAAUCAUCCCUAUUUUUGAUAAGUUAAUUUUACCCACAUAUGAUACUCAUCAUGUGCAGUAUGUCAUGUUUUUGAUGUGCUGUUUGAAAAGUACUGUAGCAGAAGCCUUUCUGAACUAUUUAUGGAAGAAGGUUUGUAACCCAAAUGUACCCAGGGUGUUGAGGCAGGCAGCCGUCAACUAUAUAGCUAGUUUGUUAGCUAGAGCAAAUUUUAUUACACUAGCGUUACUCAAGAGUGUUUUGACACAGAUAGCAGAAUGGAUCCAUAUGUAUAUCUCGAAUCAAGAUAGCCUAGAAUGUGUUAAUGUAGAUUUACGAGUACAUGGGGUAUUUUAUAGCAUAUGCCAAGGUCUGUUCUACAUAGUUGCAUUCAGGCAUAAAGACUUUGCGGGAACUAAGAAAGGUAUCUCAUUCUUGGGUAGUUUGAACAUGGGCAAGAUAAUCACAAGCAGACUGAAUCCACUGAGGGUAUGUCAACCAGCUGUAGUUCAAAAUUUCGCCGCCAUUACAAGACAAUAUCAAUUGGCUUACUGUUAUACUGUCAUUGAGCACAAUGCAAGAAACACCAUGCCUAUGAUAUAUCAGGAUGAAAAAGGAUCGGUGAUGAUGUCCAACAAUGUUCUAGAUGCCUAUUAUCCUUUUGAUCCAUAUGUCCUUGAGAGGUCCAGCAAAAAAAUUCAGCCCUUCUAUAGGGACUACCAUGAGGAGCUGUUGAAAGAAGAAAUGGAAGUUGAUUUGAAUGGAAAAGAGCCUGAUGUAGAUGAUUUUCUAUACAAUAAUGACAUGUCUUCUCCCUCAAAUAGUAAAACAAUGAAGUUUUCCUAUGGGACAUCACCUGGCUUUAAGUUUAAAGGCUGAACGCCUUAUGUGUACUUUGAGAGUAAUAUUGUUUAGGAGCAGUGCUACUGAGUCUGUGCCAUCUGUGAUUAUAGAAGUCUUUAAAUUAUUUGCAAUUGUUUAUUAGUGUGACUAAUAAACUUUUGAGACAUAUUUGUUUUUUAUUUGCUCAAACAGAACCACCUUGUGGAAUAUGUUAACAUUCACCAUGAUAGUAAGAUUUUUUUUGUUGUGAUCACCUCACCUCUAUUUUGUGGUGACUGCAUCUUUUCACAACUUUUCUAUCAAGUUUUUUCAUAUGAAUGCAUAUCUUAUACAAGAAAAAAUCCAUUUAAAAACCACUGAAUGUGAUGUACAAUUCGAAUAAAUAAACGUGUUCUUUUAUUCCAUCGAUGACUGUGAAUCAAUCUGAUGUCCUUAUCCAUCAGACUUCUUAACAUGGUUGACUUAGAC